UAAAGAGGAUAGACACAUUAAUGCGAGACAGAAAUUUAGGAGGCAGACAGGGUAAGAGAAACAUACACAAACAAGACCAACACACAUAUAUAUAUAAGUAGACACAAAGAUCAUCAAAAAGAGGGAGUAAAUGAGAUCUUGUAACAGAGACAAAGAGACACACUGGGAGAGAAGAAUAAGAGAUCUUAAAGUAUAAGAAUAUAUUCACAUAUCCAGAAGGGGACAUAUAUAUAUAUAUAUAUAUAUACUGUAUAUAUAUAAACACAGAAAGACAAAUAUAAACAUAUAACAAAUAUAUACACAAACAGAUAAAGAGAGACACAAAGGCUGAGUUAGAGACACAAAGUCUGAGUUAUAGGAGACCCAAAAAGAGAUAUAUAAGGGAACAGAUCUGCAGCUUGGGAAAAAGCAAAGAAGGUUACAUAUAGAAAAGAGUGCUGUACAGAAAGAGACGGCAGAGAGUGUCUGACUUCUUCAGGUUUUUACCACUUUAUGAUGCAUCAGCACUGGACAUUAUGCCUCCUCAUCUGGUCUCUGUGCGACAGCAACAGCUCACCUUUAGGUGCCCCAGCAUCUCUGCUCCCCAAGGACAGCCGAUUGGGAUCUGAGGGUUCUGGGCCUCUCACACCUCUCUCAGACCCACUGUCUAUGCACAUGAUGAAACUUUAUGAGAAAUACAACCGUGAGGGUAACCAUCCUCGGGAUGGAAACACUGUGAGGAGCUUCAGAGCACAGCCAGAUCCUCUUACUUCUCGACCAAUGUAUCGAUUUAAUUUGACAUCGCUACAGCCAUCAGAAGUGGUCUUAGCUUCCACACUACAUUUUGCUCCUGAUAAAGGCUUGAGACCAACCAGAGAUGCGUACUGCAAACGCUCUAAGAAUUCUUCUUGUCGUCUUUUGCUCCUCCCACAAUCACAGCAGAUAAGCGUUAUCUUUAAGAGUAAUCCACGCAACACAGAUAUGGGGUCUUUGAAGUGGAACAUCACCAAUCCUCUUCCCUUUAAAAGGGUAGGUUGGCAUGUCAAAGAUAUCACCAGCAUCAUCAGAGAGGCCCAACGUGAGCAAGAUCUGGUAAUGUCAGUGGAGAUAGACUUUGGAGAUAAAUCUCCAGCCAUCUAUGAUAAUGUCCUUAGUGAGCUGCCAUAUAUCUUGGUAUUUGCCAAUGACAGAGCUAUUUCAGAACCUAAUAGUGUGGCACAGACCUUGCAGAGAUAUGACCCUUUACAACCCAAUGGAGCAGAGGCAAAACAAUCUCCCAAUGCAUCCUCAGAGAAAAGAGUAAAGAGGGAUAUGACCUUCCCAGGAUCCAGCCAUGAUAAUGAACUCCCAGAUGUCAAAUACAUUCGCUACAAUAAACAAGACCUGUGGGAGAGCACUUACACAUCUCUGAAGCACAAAUCGUCCCGCAAGGAGAGAAAGAAAAAAGGUCAGGAGAACGCAGAUACACUGCCCAAAUCCCCAGUUCUGCAUUUUGAUGAGAGGACCAUGAAGAAGGCACGGAGGAGGCAGUGGGACGAGCCCAGGGUGUGCUCCCGUAGAUAUCUGAAGGUGGACUUUGCUGACAUUGGGUGGAGUGAGUGGAUUAUUUCCCCUAAGGCAUUUGAUGCCUAUUACUGCUCUGGUGCCUGUGAAUUUCCAAUGCUUAAGGUUGUGCGCCCCUCAAACCAUGCCACCAUUCAGAGUAUCGUGAAGGCUGUAGGCAUCAUCCCGGGGGUUCCUGAACCAUGUUGCACGCCAGACAGGAUGAACUCGCUUAGCGUUCUUUUUUUAGAUGAGAGUAGAAAUGUGGUACUAAAAGUGUACCCCAACAUGUCAGUGGAAAGCUGCUCAUGCAGAUAAACAGAUACUUUUCCUACUCUAAGGGCGCAUGGACUGGUGAUGCCCUUCAUCCGUUUUUUUAUAGUCCUUGAUAACCCCUCCAGCACUGCAGGCAACUAUUGUGUGCCAAAUAUUUGUUGAGCACUGACUUGAACCAGACUUCACUCCAAAACUGGAAGCGCUUUCAAUGACAGACAUUAAAUAGAGCGUGUGCAGAACAGACCAAGGGUUGAUGACUGGUAAAAUGUAUAGCACACCUCCAUCAAAGGAGUAUGAACAGUUCUGCACAUACAGAAAACAUUCAUGAAAAAUUACGUUUUUUAUUUUAAGUGUAUUAUGUAAUGUUUAAACCGGGCCAGGUUAUCACCAUUUGAAGACAUUUUGAUAUAGCAGAUUUUUUAAUACUUUUUUUAAUAAAGCAACUAUUAAAUGUACUUAAAUAUUAUGCCAUAAUAUAUACAUGUAAUUUAGAAAGUUGAUGGUCUAUGUAAAGAUUAUAAAGGGAACACAGUUAUGUGUAUUGUUUUUGUGA